GCACCGCAGCAUAUACCAUAGAGAUUUCGGUGCUUGCCUUAAUCAUCGGUCAGUAAAACAAUUCAAUUUUCAAAUGUUAUCACGAGCCGUUUCUCUUUUGUAAAAAAUAAAUAAAAAGGCACGCAAAAAGCUUGUGGGUGGGCAAAUUGAAGGACCACUUUCUAAAAAAUGAGACCAACCCAAGGGCUAACCCUCGUUGCCUUUUCUUUAUAGGAGAAACUCCGUAAGCACCACGCGUCCGUGCCGGGACUCGAACUCGGGUGGGCUGGCAGCAACCUCAGCUGCCCAGGCAACGGGUCGACACUGUGAAGAACUAGUCUUAAUUUGCAGCAUACUCUUGAUGUGGAAAUCGGUAGUUUUGCAUGAUAAGAAAAUUGUGCUUCUACAUGUGAGCAGCACUUGAGCGCCUAAGUUCUUUCCUGAUGCAAAGUACAUACUUCAUGAACACAUAGGCCUGCCCCUAUAAAUAGAGCCAUACACCAAACAUUCAUCUCACACAUUUCCAAAGCAAAACCUAGCCAGGACCAAAAUCUCCUCUAGCAAUCCACUAGAUAACAUAAUAACAGUACCAGCCAUGGCUAAGGCACAUGCAUUGUCUGCAGCAUUAUUGCUUGUCAUGUCAGUGUCCCUCUCCGCACUAGGGGGUGUUCAUGGCAUUUGCGGCAUGUCGAAUGAUGAAUUCAAGCUUUGCCGGCCCGCGGCAGCAGUGAAUAACCCGACAGACAGUCCGUCGGCUGAUUGUUGUGCUGCGCUUGGGAAGGCCAACCUAUCAUGCAUCUGCCGGUACAAAGGCAUCGCCGGCAUAUGUCUGAGAAAGUACCACAUCGACGCAAAGCGCGCUUUGGCCCUGCCCGGCAAGUGCGGUCUCACCAUGCCCAACAACUGCGCGUGAUGAUCGGAUGUACUACCCAUAUAAGCAUCUAGGAGUCGGUUGCUCUACAUCUGCAUCGACACUUAUAUAUGACUAAAUAAGUGGUGGAGCACUUGGAAAAGCAUUGUGCUACUCGGUCUUAUUGUUAUUUUGUGAUUUCAAAGUGGGAUUAUCUCAUUAAGCUCUUGAUAAAAUAGUAUAUGCAUGUUAUACUAGAAGUGCAAGGAUGGCAAACGUGCCUUGUAUGUUAUUCCCAUGAAUUUAAUAUCUUAUAGUGAUGUCGUUCGUGUCAAAAAGUUGCAUGUUUUCUAGUGAACAA